AUUAGUAUAAAUAAAAUUUAUAAUAAUUAUAAUAUUCAAAAUUAAAAUCCGAGAAAACAAUUUAAAUUAUUAAUUUUAAAAUUAAUUAAAAUUAUUUCCGAACUGAAAUUCCUAAAUUAAUAUCAAAACGUAUCAAUCGUCUCAAGACGAGGCACUUGGGCUUGCGCCCAAGCCCCAUCGAGCUACGAGGCCGCAUCGCCCCGCACGACUAAUUGUACGGCAUACGCGAGCAGGCCACACGCAACGCAGCAAGCCCAGGCCACGCUACGCGCAGCCCGCUCACUUCGACGCGUCUGGAUGCUUCGCUGGGCGCUGCAGCGUGCGUUGUGGCGCAGCAUGCUCGCUGCCCACACGCGACUGCUCGCCUGGCUUUGCGCCAAUGCCUUCGCCCUUGCCCCUUCGCCCACGCUGCACACGGCACUCGACACAAGGGCAGCGUGCUGCCUUGUGCUCGUGCGCCAUGGCCCUUGCUCGCUGCAUUGUACCGCACGGGCGACGAGCUCCCUUGCUCGUCGUCGCGUGCCCCCACUAUAUAACACCCCUUAAGGGUAACACGUAGAGUCCAUUGCUUUGUGCGUGCAAGAUUUAUGGGCGUGCUUUAUAAAAAUUUAAAAUUUUUAAUUCAAAAUUAAUGACAAAUUAAUAAAUCAUAUUAAUUUCAUAAUUUUAGGGCGAAAAAUCGAAAAUUUAUUAAUCAAUUAAUUUCCGAUCAACAUGGAUUCAAAUCUAGGUCAUAAAAAUUUAAAAUUUAACAUAAAUUAACAAUUUUUAUGGUGGAUUUUAAUCAUGGAUACCUAAUUAAAUUAUUAAUUAAUUAUGAAAAACAAACCAAUUCUAAAUUAUUCGAAUUUCGACAAAUUAAUCAUAGUUACAAAUUAGGUUGUAUAAUUAACAAGUCUAGGCAUUCAUAAUUGUUAAACAUAUACUGUAGGUCAAUCAAAAACUCAAUAUUUAUCAACAAGAAUCGCAAAUACUUAAUUUAACAUCUUCAAUUUACAAACUUUUGCGUUCGAAAAACAUAAACCUCCGAAAAGUCAUAGUUAGGCUUCGAAUUUGGGAAUUCUGGGUUCGGCCGAAAAACACUAUUUUUGUCAAAAUUUUUGAAUGCCUUUUACAUGCGAAAUUGACACAAAAAUCACUCGAUUUGGUUGAGUAACGAAUAUUCUGCCGAAAAACUGCGUACAUAUAAUUAAAUAAACGCAAUUUGCAAUUAAUUACGAAAACUAAUCACCCCUUUAAUUCCUUGCAAAUUUGUAAAAUUUAACCAUGUUCAUGCAAUUUAGAUUAUGAAAAUAAUAAGAGGCUCGUGAUACCACUGUUAGGUUAUGAUACAUAUGAAUAAACAUAAAUCAUGCGGAAAAACCAUAAAGCCAGGAAACAUAUUAUUUACACAUAAUCAUUUAGCAUAAUUCAGAUGCAUACACUUUGUAGCGUGCCCUCCACUACUAGAAUUCGCAGUUUUAACGACAACCUAUUAACGACGAAAUGAAUUUUUUGUCGUUAAUAAUCUAUUUGCACUAUGUUACUACGACAAGCCCAAUUGUUGGAAGUAAUUGGUUAAAACUAAGAAUAACAAAUUUAAUGAGACUGUCGUUAAUAUGAACAAGUAAAUAAUAAAAAAUAAAAAAAAUAAAAGAAAAAACAAGUCGUCGUUAAUAUACUCCAGCACAGCGCGAUUUAUUUUGGUGAAGCGGCAAAUUAAAUUUUCACAACUUAAUUCUCAGAAUCAAUAACGCGCAAUUUUCUGAAAAUCUUUGAAACCCUACAUCCUUUCCUCAAUUUUCUUCAAUCAUCUCCUUCCUAAACCCUAACCCCAAACUCACGAUUCAUAUUCAAUUGGAAAACAAAAUUAAUUUGAAGAACAAAAAGCCAGACAAAGGAGGAACGAUAUCAAGGAUUGAAGCUGCUAUAAAAAAUCUACGAAAUUGAAGGUUUAAUCCUCCGAAUCGGAGAAAAUGGUUCUUCCCAAUGGGUCUGCACAACAAUCUUCUAUGGUAAGAUCUAUACGCGAGUACGUACCACCUCUUAUGCUGGCAAGGGGUCGUGGUAAGAGGUUAGCUAAUUUGUAUUCUUCCAAAACAAAUGCUGAAACCAAUGUCUCCAUUGGAAAGGAGAGUAACCUCCCUAGUCAUCCUGCUAACAAUUUUUUACCGUCAAAGAAACGCCAUCUUGCUCAUUCUGAAGCUCGCACUGAUUCUGUCAUAUUAAACAGAAAUGAUAUGUCUUUUGUUGAUCCCUUAAUGGUUUCCAGUCGUCAUUGUUAUGGUCCUAAUGCAGAAAGUCAUUAUUUAGAUGAAGAUAUACAAUUCGAAAGAGACUUUGUAGAAUAUGCUUCUGCUGAGAACGAGGCUGAGAACGAGGCUGCGAACGAGGCUGCCAAUGAUAAUGAACAUGGUGAUGAGUUUGAUACGAGAAUUCAUGAGGAUGUCAAUGAUAAUGAUCAUGGUGAUGAACCUCGUGAGAACAUUCAUGACAAUGUCAAUGAUAAUGAAAUGGAGAUAUGUCCGACCAACACUAUUCAAGAGGAUGCAAAUGGUGGUGGUCAAUAUACUAUAAAGAAGAAAGCUGAUAAUGAAAAAAGGAGGGGAAGAAACAAGUGUAAAAAAAUUGCUAAACUGAAACCUAAUGAGAAGCUGCAAAUUCAAUUCUUUAACAAUCGGGCAGUAGGGGAUAAUCACAAUGUGUUUGCCAGACAUCUUGGUAUUAUAGUACGAAAUACUAAUAUGUGUCCGGUCAAAGUGCACAAAAGGGCAGAUAUUGGAGACAAAGAAAAAGAACACAUGUGGGCAGCAGUCACGGAUUCCUUUACUAAUGAAAAUAUGGAGGCCUACAAGGAGCAUGUUUUGGACCAUAUGAAGGAGUUGUGGAGAAAAUGGAGGUCAGACUUGUUAAGGUAUAAAAUCAUUCAUAAGAAACUCACCUUAAAAGCUGCAUACAAUGCUUCUCCACCUGAUGGGCUUAAUAAGAGUGAGUGGCAGUGGCUUAUUAAGGAGAUUUUUUCAAAGCGAGAAUUUAAGGAAAGAAGUGCCAGGAACUCUAAUAAUCGGGCUCAGUAUCUUAAAGAGUUAAUGCCUCGAACUGGGAGCAAGCCUUUUAGGCAAGUCAUUUGGGAUGAUUUGGGAGGAAAUAAUGGGAAGAAGCCGAAUUUGGUUGAUGUAUUCUACUCCACUCGAAAGAAAGGAACUCAACUUCCAAAUGCGGAGACAACGCAAAAAUAUGAAGAACUUCGGGAAACAAUGGCAAAGGAUCCAUCACUUUCUCAAGUCGAGGUAGUACAACAGGUUUUUAAAUCAAAAUCUCGAGAUCGGGUUGUAGGUUUUGGAGGAGGAAUAAAGCUUAAAGAUGUAAGGGGACCACAACCCAGUAGAGCAGAGCUUCAAACUAAAUUGAAUGCUGCCAACAAACAGAAUGAAGUUCUUGCAAAUCGCGUGGAGGAAGUACAAGCCGAGAACAAUGAAAUGAAGGAACGUGUUAGUUUGGUUGAGUCUAGAAUGAAAAUGUUUCAAGAUUCAUUGGUGUUGCAACUUAAUGUUACUAUUCCAACUUCACAAGCUGAAUCAGAAAUGCAAAAAUAGGUCGAAGCUGCUACACAUUGAUCAGUUCUAGAUAUUUGGUGCAGAUUUUCUUACUUUUUUUUAAGAACAUGGAAUCUUUGAGAUUUAAUUCUUAGUAUGGACCAAGUUAUAGAUAUUUGAUCUUAUUAGUUUGGUUGU